GUAUCUUAAUAUAAUGUAAAUUGUCAAUCAAUUAAAUAUCAAAUUUGCAGUUCUCCCACUACCCACAAAAAUCAAUCCCCACCUACUAAUAUUUGCCUAUAUAUAUCCUAAAAGAGUUGUCAGUCGUUCAGUCUUAAAUCGUCUUUCGUACAUUUAUCGUUCACCCCGUCUUAAAUCACCGUGCGUUUAUUUUUCAUAUCGAUAGGUCUUUACAUUUUAUUAGUGAAUUUUUAUUUUUUACUUUUCAUUGUAUAUAAAUGUAUUAAUUGUGUAUCUACGUUUACGUAAGGACAAUUUGAUGAGGCACGAAAAAACUCACGAAGGGAUUCGUUUCCCGUGCACUAUAUGUACAUCGACGUUUAGUAACAGAUCUCACAUGAACAGACAUAUAAAAACCGUCCAUGAGUUCGCAUCGAAUAUUUUAGAGUCAGGUCAGCCAGCAGGCCCCUUAAGUCAAUCUGUGAAUGUAAAUUAUAUUCCGUUCGAAGAUUUUAAUGACGGGUACGAUGAAAUAUGCCUGGAAGUUCUAGAAAAUGCCCAAGAUGCUGGGCUAUGCGAUGCGACAACACACCGUCGACCACAACGAGGUGAAAUAAAGAUCGCUCCGAAUAUUAUAGUGUCAGAUCAGCCAGCAGGCCCCUCAAGUCAAUCUGUGAAUGUAAAUAUUAUUUCGUGCGAUGAUUUUAACGACGGGUACGAUGAAAUAGGCUUGGAAAUUCAAGAAGAUGUCCAAGAUGCUGGGCUAUGCGAUGCGACAAGCUUAUCAGUUAUCAUUCCCAACACCGUGGUACGAAGUUAA